CUGCAAGGGGCGCUGUGAGGAUGACGACGAUAAGGGGCCCAGGAGGCAGCCAGCCAGCCAAUUCGUCUGGCCCGUGUGCCGUCCGGACCUCCGCAGGCUCGAGACUGAGGUGCCUCAGCCAGCAAAUGGUCCGGCCUCGCUCCUGGAACAAUUGUCAAGAUGGUGCUGGCGAGCAAUUGAUGCUGACUGGCCGUGGUCUGCCUUUCUUGACCUUUUUUUUUGCCUGUGGCACGUACACAUCAUCACCCACGGCUACCUGCAUCCCCGGCAUUGGCGAUUGAGCGUGUCGACCCAGCAACAUCGACGACGAAGACGACGACGACGCCCAACACCACCACCAACACAAGGAACCACCACAUCCCAACAACUCUGGAGCGACACCGUCAUCGAGUAUGCGCCCGCAGUGGUGGGAGGACUGGUGCGAGGCGCACCCAGACCUCUGCGAGAAUGCCGCCGCGCGGUGGGCCGUCGUCCGGCCGUACCUGCCGCCAGUCAACUUCAUCACGCUGCACUACACCUACUUCAUCGUCACCGCCCUCGUGGGCAGCGGCAUCUUCUACGGCGCGUCGUCCCCGCCCUACAGCAUCGGCUGGUGGGACAGCAUGUUCAUGGUCAUGUCCGCCCUCACCGCGUCCGGCCUCAACACCAUCAACGUCAGCCAGCUCACCACCUUCCAGCAGGCCGAGCUGUGCCUGCUCAUGAUCAUCGGGAGCCAGGUCCUCGUCUCGUACGUCACCAUUGCGUACCGCAAGCACGUCUUUGAGAAGCGCUUCGAGGCCAUCGUCGACGCCGAGAGGGCCAGGCGCAAGAACAGGACGCGCACGCACAAGACGGGCGCGGCAGUCGGCCUGGCGGGCGCCAUGUUUGGGCUGCAGGUCAUGUCGUCGUUUGGUGGCGCAAAGGGCCGCGAGGCUGCGGAGAAGGACGCCACAGUUCUGCAGCAGCAACAACAGCAAAAGAAGCAGGGCCAGCAGGAACCACACGCCACGACGCGACCAGUCUCGAGGAGGCCGGUCUCGUCGCCUGGAGCUCCGCAGCAGUCGCCCGGAAGCCCGACCGCACAACUCGAGAGCCUGGAAAUGCCAUCCAGAAUACGGAGCAGUGAGAGCGUGCCUGUCGGCGGUGAUGAGAGCAAUCACAACACCAGUCCAUUGCAGCAUGGCCACCGGGUCGGGUUUCUAGAGCCGAUUCGCGAAAGAAUCCCAUUAGACGCGAACGGGCAGAGACCACUAUCGGCAGCGACAGGCCACUCGAUCUACAACGUGCACUCCCAUCCCCAGGACGCCUCGUCAAUGAGGCGUCGCCCGCAUUCCGGAGAGACCAAGCUCCCGGUUUCUGGAGGAGUCGAAGAGUUCAAUGUGCAGACGUUCCUCCGCGAGGAGAAGAGCAGCAUCGGACGCAACGGCCAGUUCUUCAACCUCACCGAGGAGAAGCGCGAGUAUCUCGGCGGCGUAGAAUAUCGUGCGCUCAAGUUCUUGUCGUACUUUGUGCUGGCCUACUUCAUCCUGUGGCAGGUCUUUGGCGCGAUCGCGCUCGGCGCCUGGAUGUCUGUUUACGCCGUCGACACGUCGGCCGUCAAUGCCCAGAACCCGUGGUGGGCGGGCAUCUUCCUCGCCAUCUCUGCCUACAACAACGCGGGCUUCACACUGUUGGAUGCCGGGUUCCUGCCAUUUCAGUCUUCGUAUUUCCUGCUUACAAUCGUCGCUGUCUUGUCCUUGGCAGGUCCAGCUGCGUUCCCCGUCUUCAUGCGCCUGCUCAUCUGGAUCAUGUCCAAGCUGAUGGAGACGUUUGCGUGGAACAGGACGGAGGAGUACGGCAUCUGGAAAGAGGGCUUCGAUUUCAUCCUCCGAUUCCCUCGUCGAGUGUACACGAGCUUGUUCCCAUCUCGGGACACGUGGCUGUUCGUUGCGACAUUUGGCGGUUUUGUCAUGGCUGAUUGGUUCCUCAUCCUGAUCCUCAGUAUCGGCAAUCCCAUGAUGGAGGCUAUCCCUUUGGGUCAACGCGUCUUCGACGCCCUGUUCGAAGGCUUCUCAAUCCCUUCUGGAGGUUACGCCAUAUUCCCGCCCGCGAGCAUGUACUCGGACGUGCUGGUUCUCUGGCUCAUCAUUUUCUACACGGCAGCAUAUCCCCACAUCAUCACCAUGCGCAAGACCAAUGUCUACGAGGAGCGCUCCCUGGGUAUCUACGAAGGUGACCACGCAGAGGUGGAGCAACUGCACUCCGCAUCGAGCAGCUUGUUUGACGUCGACGGUGUCAUCCCGAAUGACGACGACCAGCUGGGUCUUCCCACCACCGCAAACAACAAUUGGGAUACGGCGUCUCGCACGCCGUCGACACGAUCCGUGAAGAAAUUAUACGCCGUCGGACGUCGUGGCACAGCCUUUGUCGGGCGCCAACUGCAGCGUCGCAUGACGGGCUUCCAGGGUGUUGGUGUCGCCUCAGUCCCUCGGACCUUCACCGCAGCCACAUCGCCACCAGCGUUACUCUACACGACCAAUACAAACACCACCGGCCCCAAGACAUCCAUCUCCCAGGGUCGCCCAGCAGGCCUGCGCCGCGCAGCGACGAUUGACUUCAAUAACGUGCCCUCCAUUCGCCCGGCGUCAGUACACUCUCUAGACCGCCACGCCCCAACUACGGCACCGCCAAGCCUGGUCAGCCAGCAAGUCCGUGGCCAACUCAGCCAUGACGUUUGGUGGGUCGCGCUCGCGUUGUUCCUGGUUACGCUGAUAGAGACAGCGCAUACGCUCGAGGAUCCAGUUACGUUCAGCGUGUUCAAUAUCCUUUUCGAGAUCGUGUCGGGCUACACCAAUAUUGGCAUCUCCAUCGGCCUACCAGACCAAGCGUACAGCAUGACCGGAGGUAUGUACACGGGGAGCAAGAUCAUCAUGAUCUUGGUGAUGCUGCGUGGUAGGCACAGAGGCUUGCCUGUCGCGCUGGACCGCGCGGUCAAGCUGCCAGCCAAGCAGCUCGAGGAACUCGAGGACGAUGACGCCGAGAUCAGGAGUAAUCUGUCCGGCGGUGUUGGCGAGGGGAUUAUGGGAUUAUUUGGGCAUUGAAAGCAUCAAGACUAGUGGCUCCACUGCUUUGACACGGCGUUUCAGCAAGCGUGCUUUUGCGUUGACUAAUAAGCGAGCGUUUCCUUUGUCCUUCUUUUGUCCUUCCGGUCCUCUCUCAUUGUCAUGAGAACCUCUAGUUCCCUCCGUCAACUUCAAAUUGCGGCAAGGACGAUUUUUGUUUCGUUCCCUCGUCGUCAUUUCAAAAUUUCUUUGUUUAGGUUUGCCACAGUCAACCAGCGAGUUAAAGGGUCCCAGCGCGGCGUUCACAGGUACAUAGAUCAGUUAGAGAAGGGUAUUUCAAUAGGCAAAAACGAACACAUAGGCCAUCA